UACUCCGAAUAUUUGGUAUUCAUGGAUGGAUGGAUAAUGCCAAUACGUAUGAUCGCCUUGUUGCUGGAUUGCCCUCUGGGACAGAAUUGUGUGUGCUUGAUCUCCCAGGGCAUGGAUACUCAGAUCCUCUUCCCAAUGGAAACUUGAGAUGCUAAACCAAGUAAGCUGGCACGAGGUAAAUGUUGGUGUAGGUUGGGGUACCCUACGAGGAAAGAGAUGCAUCAUAGGUGACCCUCAUGCCAUUCCAACACUUCAAAUAAUUGGUCUUCAUGGUUGGCUGGACAAUGCCAAUACUUUUGAUCGCUUGGUGCCAUUUUUGCCUUGUGGGAUAGAAGUUUUUGUGCUUGACCUUCCCGGACAUGGUUUUUCUGACCAUCUUCCUAAAGGAGCGCAUUACUCAUUUCUGCCAUUUGUUAUCAAUGUCAGAGCAGUGGUAUUAGAACUUGGAUGGAAAACCUUUGUGUUCAUGUCCCACAGCUUUGGCUCACUGAUAGCAUCACACUAUACAGCAUUGUAUCCAGAGGAUGUUUUGGCCUUAAUCCUGUUAGAUUACAUCAAACCAUUUAGUAUACAUGAACCUAAAGUAACUUGGCACUUGGAGGUUAAUCUUAUACUUAAAACAGAGCAUGAAAAAGAACCUUCUCCUGUUUAUUCCAAAGAGGAGGCUCUACAGAAAAUAAUUAAUUCCAGGAAGACUGGUCCCAAGAAAAAUAUGCAUAAUAUUGAUGAAGAAUCUGCAGAAGUUUUACUACCAAGACUUACCAAGCAAGUUGAUGGUGGCCUUACUUGGAUCCAUGAUCGCAAAGUACGUGCAUUAUUUGAAAUGCUGUCAGGGAAUGAUAAAUGGAUAGGAAUUUUGUCAACAAUCAAGUGCCCAGUUUUACUCAUCCAUGCCCUAGAAGGUGUAUUUAUUGGGCCAGACUCAGAGUAUGAGGAUGUUCUUGGCACAUUAAGUUCUAAUGCACAAAGAUUUGAUUAUAUAACAUUAAAAGGUCCACAUCACAUCCAUUUAACUAAUCCAUCACAAGUUUCACCAUUUGUAAAUAGUUUUCUAGCUGAUGUUAUGAGUGAUGUACAGAAAAAUGUAAUCUCCAAAUUAUAGAUUGUUUACCCUGUUCUAGAACCAUUCAAUAACAUGAUAAGUCAGUUGGCAAAGAAGUGAAUGGAUAUUGCAGAUCAUUACGUACAACUGCAGAGUACUAUAAUUCAUUGUUUUGACUAUCAAAAGUUUAUUGUGAACCAGUGCACCACAAAA